AUGAUGAGCGAAAGAGGAGAUCGAUGGCUAUGUAUAAUCUUGGUUUGCACAUUAAGUUUGUUAUGCACAGAAGCUUAUGAUGUUGGACUCACUUUUCUUAAUAGUGCUGUUGCUAAAGGAGCUGUUUGUUUGGAUGGUAGUGCACCCGCGUAUCAUUUCGAUAAAGGAUUCGGUGCAGGAAUCGACAAUUGGUUGGUUUUCUUUGAGGGGGGAGGUUGGUGCAACAAUGCCACAAAUUGCCUUACACGUAGAGAUACUCGAUUAGGUUCCUCAAAGAAAAUGUUGACAACAGAGACGUUUUCGGGCAUGUUUCACAACAAGGCCAAAUAUAACCCUGACUUUUACGAGUGGAAUAGAAUCAAGGUCCGUUAUUGUGACGGAGCUUCCUUUACCGGUGAUGUGGAAGCAGUCGAUCCCAAAACCAAGCUUUACUAUAGAGGAGCGAGGAUUUUUCGUGCAGUUGUUGACGAUUUGUUAGCAAAAGGGAUGAAGAACGCUAAAAAUGCGAUUCUAGCGGGGUGUUCAGCCGGUGGAUUAACUUCGAUCUUGCAGUGCGAUAAUUUCCGAUCACAAUUACCGGCGACGACUAAAGUGAAAUGCCUUUCCGAUGCCGGAUUUUUCAUCAAUGCGAAGACGAUUAUAGGGCAAAGUCACAUCGAAGGCUUCUACGCUGACGUCGUUAGAACACAUGGAUCUGCUAAAGUUUUGUCUCCAGCUUGCCUUGCGAAAAUGAGUCCUGGUUUGUGUUUUUUCCCACAAAACAUGGUGCAAUUCAUCAAAACACCCAUUUUUUUGAUUAAUGCAGCAUAUGAUUCAUGGCAGGUGAAGAAUAUAUUAGCUCCCGGAGUGUCUGAUCGCAAAGGCACAUGGCGCGAAUGCAAACUUGACAUAACAAAAUGUUCAUCCGCUCAACUUAACGUCCUUCAAGGUUUCAGGCUAGAAUUCUUAAAAGCUCUAAAUGGAUUCGGCAAUGGCAACUCUCCUUCUAGAGGAAUGUUCAUCAACUCUUGCUAUUCUCAUUGCCAAACAGGAACUCAAGAAACAUGGUUGAGAAACGACUCACCAUUGUUGGGUAACACGACGAUUGCAAAAGCUGUCGGAGAUUGGUACUAUGAGAGGAACACGUUUCAAAAGAUAGAUUGUGCAUACCCAUGUGAUAAAACGUGCCACAAUCGUGUGUUCGAGUAGAAGCUGACAUCAUCACAUUGUUUAUUUACAAGAAUGCCCCCUGGAAAUUAAUUUAAUAUAAAUUCAGUAUAAGAUAUGUUUCCGUACACAUUCUUUGAUGCGGGUUUUGUGUUGGUGCUGCUUAUAUUGAAAGGAGUGCCGAAUUUCAACUAUAGUUAUACAAAAUACAACAUUUGAAAAUGUGGUUCCUUUGUUAUUAUGGAUCUUUUGGAUGAUUAUAAAUCAAUAAAAAUGUGGUUCUAAUUUAUUUUUGUAUGGUCCUGUAUUUUCUUUCAAGCUUGAGCUUCAUGUAAUUUAAUUUCAAGAAAACUAAUUAU